AUGGCGUCCAAUGGUAAUGGUCGCUACCAUGCUGCCUCGCCCUCCAGUUCUCUUUCCCCUUCACACGUCAAGCAGAUGCCAACAUCACCUCACAAGCUCAUGAUUGGUGUUCCACCAGCAGCCACACCAAAUCAGUCCGCUCCUGCCAAUGGCACCUCCACACAUCAUCCAAUGCCGCCAGAUCCUGUCGCCCCAGCGAACACCAGCGGCAUGAUUGUCGACACAAAAGGCAAGCAGAAGCAGAUCGAUCUCAUCGAGCAGAUUCCUCUGGCACAGCUGGAGCAGGAACUACCACUCGAAGAGGCCGAUCUCGUCUCUCUUGCUGCUCUUGUCGAAAGACUCGCCAACUACGGCUAUGAAUCGCUCCAGAACCUUGCCGAAACGCUUCCAUCCUUGCCCUCUUCAUCAAAGCGCGCAAAAAUCUUUAACACUGCCCUCGACGUACGCAAGCAGUUCAUCAAGCUCCUUGUGCUUUCGCGCUGGUCAAAAGAUGUCGCCGAUCUUCAAAAGUCGAGAAACAUCAUCGCCCUCCUGUCCGAACAGCAAUGGCAGCACGAAGACGUCUUUGCCGGUCUUACCGACAUUCGUAAAAUCCUGCCCAAUGCUCGCAUGCGCAAUGCCGACCUUCCCACCGCCAUUGACGUGCUUCAAACCGGAACCUAUCGCAGGCUUCCUACGAGCAUCAAGGAUAUGGCUGUGGCGCCCAAGCCAUUCACCGAUGACCAAGCGCUGACCAUCGUUUCGCGCCUCGAGGAUGCCCUUCGAACCCGUAUGGCUUGUCGCGAGCUCGUUCCUGCGCCGCUCUCCAAUUACUCAAUACGAGAUGGCAAGGUUCACUUCCGCGUCCAAGGGUUGUUCGAAGCUCAGCUCACGGCCAGUAGCGGCGGACAGGACACCGAAGUCGAUGCACACAUUCAAUCUGGCCUGUCCACUGCUGACACGCUUGCAACGUCCCCAGACGAUGACAGAUGGUGGCUCCUCGACCUCAGCUUCGACGUCACGCCGACAGGCUCAGGUGCUGAAUCGAGCAAUCGCGUAUACCCACGCAAGCCCAAAAAGGCCUACCGAGAGCGUCUUCGUCUCUGGGGAGACCAGGAGCUAGCCCCAAGAUCGCAGUCUGAGGAUGCAGACGAUGCAAAAUCGACAACAGGAACAGUGGAAGGAGCGACAACUGUAGAGGAUUCAGAUACAAAAGCAGUCAGCGCGGAAGAAACAACGGAGGCAGCCUUGCCGACAACCGCGGAACAGGAUGACACAGCAGCAAUCAAGGUUGCGGCCGAACGAGAUGCACCUCUUCUCAGGCUCUUUGCCUUCUUGCAAGAGCGCUCGUUGCAUUACCAGAUGCACAUCUUGCAGCACCAAGCCUACGAGCUCUGUCGGCUCAAUUGGGGUUCGAAUUUGCGCAUCGAGACGGGAGAGCGUCCCAGACGACUCACUGUUCACUAUUGGACGCAAGCUCAAAAUGCGGCUGAUGCAACUCAGAAGGUUGAAGGACCUGCCGUGGGCGGAAGCAUCCAGAUCACCCUUGUCGACCUGCCUGAUCAGGCUGGUGCGUCCACGACGCUCGCUGCCUUGUUCGACCAUGACAGCGAUGCUAGCGAUCCAGCGCCGGACGCAAAGUCAAGCCUCGCGACGGUCAAGCGAAGAGGCCUGCAGGCCACCUGGAAUGCUCACUCGAGCAUCCUUGCCGACUCAGAGGCUUCCGAUCUUGUCGUCUCCCCGGACAGUCUCGACAUCGAAGCGCUGCUCAGCUUGGUCAUCAAGCGACACACUUUGGCCUUACUGCGCAACCUGCAGCGUCGCAUCCUCGUCAGCGACCACCCAGUCUCUCGCCUGCUGCGUCCCGAGGAUUGCGCACUCUGCGUCGAGCACGCCCAGAGAAAAGGCGACGAGUUCUCAACGGCAACAGAGGCUAGUAGCCUCAGCUUCCUUCAGAUUGUCCUACACGCAAAGAAUCGUCAGCGUGUCGCCCGUUCCACAUCGACAACCGCUGCUGCAUUGCCUCCUCUGCGACUCAGCGUCGACCCUGUCACGGGCCGUGUGCUACUCGACUCAGAAGCAGCGACCGGUUCAGACUCAGGCGCAUCUCAACAGCAGGCUGCGAGCUUCACAGCCUCUGCUUUGGCAACUCGUUCCACUUACGCUCGUCUUGCCGAGUCGUCCGAUCGCAUCAAUGUCUCGAUCGACGCCCUGUUCGAUGUGCUCUACAAUCUCGAUGUCUUCGCUCGCGUCGAGGAGUGGGAGAGGAUGGCUACCUACGUCGGCCUUCGCGCCGUCCGCAAGCUCAAUUUGCGGCCGCAGGACUUGGCCAAGCUGGGUGCGACGGCGUCGAUGCCGCAGGAAGCGGCACCGCAACUCUUCAUUCCUUUGCGCAACAGCUUUCCGGGCUAUUUUUUGGCGCUGCAGCCUUCAGAGCUAUCGGGCGUCAGCAUCGCUUUGGUCUAUGUGGUGCAGAUGAUGGACGCUUUGGGAGCGCCAUCGCUGACUCUGCAGUCGAUCGAGUGGCUCGAUCGUGCCAAGAUCGACGCCGCUUCCAAAGCUGGAAGCGAGGGCUCGGACGAUGCCUUCGAUUUGGGCGCUGAAGUUGGGUCGAAGCGCAAAGCUCCACCGGUCGGCAGUCAGACCGCAGAAGUCGAUGCCAGCUUUGGCAAGAAGGAUCUCACCAUGGAAGAGCUAGCCAACGUCCAUUCUUACUGCAUCGCCCUCGUCUCGUACUUCCGCGUCGAGCAACAGCUGCGGAUGCGAGGCAUUCCAUAUCUGCAUGUUGGAAGCAACACCUCGCGCUCGUCCCCACCUGCCAAACGACAAAAGCGACUGUCGCCGGUUCGAUCUGCCCCGCAGGCCGCCGAGGCACAGGACGACGGUCUGUUUGAAGAGCAGGAGGGUGGCGAAGCAGCUCUGGACAGCAUUGCGACCGACCCCGCCGAAAAGUCCACAGAGGACGGAGUGGACGGUGUCGCUGCGCUCGUCCCAUCACUCUGCCUCCGUGCCACAGACCUGCUCGGCCCGGCCAAAGCGCACCUCACCAAGCCCAACGUCUCCCUUCGCGUCUGCCACUGGAACGACAGCGACCGCUCGUGCGUGCAGAUGCACAUCAAGCUUCGUAUGAAGUCGCGCCGCUUCCGUCCCUUACACGAGAUCGUCUCGUCCGCACCCACCGCCGAUGCGCACACCACAUCUCCCCUCACCUGGAUCGAUUUCGACAACGAGACUUCGCUGCUGACGCUCUCGACGCGCGACCUGGACAACUGCAUCCCGAUCUUCUACGCGCAGUGGGAGCGCGUGAUGCGGAUGGUGCAGCUGACGCGCGAGGUGCUCAACGCGAGUCGGGCGUGGCAGCUUCGUGCGGUGCGGGAGGGACGGAGCUGUAAGAAGCCCGACGAGCUGGUCGAGCUGCAGCGCUUCGAGUUUGAUACACUUGUCGCGUCCUACGGCACCAUCGACCGUUAUGGGGAGGAGCGGAAGCUGGUGGUUCGGGUGCGGUGGCAGGAUGCAAAGGUGGAGAUGCAGCCGUUCACCAACAUCCCCGUCACCCAGAUUGGCGGGUACACGCUCGAGUUCGGCUCGAUGGCCAAAAGCGAUGGCUUGACGGAGGAAGCGUUCGAUGACGCCCACGCAGCGGCGAACCCGCACAACGUGAUGGCAUUCGAAUUGCGACGCACCGUCAAUGUCUCCGCCCGCUCUGCGGCGAUCAGCGCACCUACCUACCCCAACGCAGAACGUCUCGUGUGGAAAGGAUUCUUCAAGUUGCUGCAGGAGACACUGCCGCUGGUGCGCGAGAUCGCCCCCUUUGCAUCCGCGUCUUUGUCGGACCCCACGGUGCCCGAGGUGGAGAUCAAGAGUGCCACGUGGGUGCGAUUGCGCUUUGCGGAUCGAUAUGCGGUGGAUGUGCAGUUGGCCACGAGGGCGAGGUUGGUUGUUUCGGAUGCGAGUCGGGCGUUGUUUCGCAGCGAAAUGGCGACGACGGAGGCAAAGGAGGAGGAAGGGUUGUUCGGCGGAUCGGAUUUGCUCAACGACUUGAUCGCGGGCAAAAUUCCUACUGCGGCAGAGAAGAGCACCGUGACGGUGACACCGGUCGAGUCGACAGCAUUGCAGUUUCAGCCGAUCCCGAACAUGGAUCUGCUGAUGCAGAGGGUUGCGACAGCGCUGCAGACGGGUGAUGCAGCGAAGGGGAAAGCUGGGAUGAGAGGCGUGUGGGAUUUGCGUCGGGCAUUGCUCGUCUCGCUGACGCCAGCAGAGGCAGGGGGAAGUGGGACUGUGCUGCGCAGGCUCAUUCCGAUGCUCGUCGAGGCGGUCGUGGCCGAGAUUGGUCGGUAG